AAAAAAGCUGGCGCCUCAAGACCGAUCUCUCCACGAGCAGCACAACAACGAACAGGCCAAAGAUCCACAAGCCAACAGGUCCACCAGACCACCCACCAUGCCCUCCCCCUUCCUCACCCCAGGCGACCAAGCGCCCCUCGACUCCCUAGCCCUCCUCCACCUCCGCCGCGACCAAACCGUCCCGACCAUCCUGCGCGCGCACGACGACGAAGGCCUAGGCUACAACGAAGGCAAAGUAGUCAACACGCGGUUCGGCUCCUUCCCGCACAGCACACUUUACCACAAACCAUGGGGCUCCCAGAUCGUCGCCUCAAAACAGAAACCCAAAGCCGCCGUCGCAGCCUCCAGCGGCUUCCUCCACCUCCUGUACCCGACCCCCGAGCUCUGGACCGCCUCCCUCCCGCACCGCACCCAAGUCGUCUACACCCCAGACUACAGCUACAUCUUGCACAGGCUGUGCGUACGCCCAGGGAGCAGCGUGAUCGAAGCCGGCGCUGGAAGCGGAUCCUUCACGCACGCGGCCGUCCGCGCCGUCUUCAACGGGUAUCCUUCCGAACAACAGCAGCCCGAAACGCAACAACAACAGCCCCCGAAAAAGCGCAAGCACGGCAAAGUGCACAGCUUCGAAUUCCACGCCCAGCGCGCGUCCAAAGUCCGCGAAGAGAUCUCCGAGCACGGCCUCGACGGCCUCGUCGAAGUCACGCACCGAGACGUCUACGAAGACGGAUUCCUCCUCAACAGGGACACCUCCACCUCCCCCUCCACAGAGGGAGCGUCAGCAUCAUCAUCAACCUCCCCGAAAGCAAACGCCGUCUUCCUCGACCUCCCGGCCCCCUGGCUCGCCCUCCGGCACCUAACCCGCGAAUGCCGACAACAAGAAACAGCCGCAGCCGCAGCGACAUCCACCCCGCAAGGCGGGAUCCAAUCCGCGCUGGACCCCACAACCCCAGUCUACAUCUGCACGUUCUCGCCCUGCCUCGAGCAAUCGGAGCGCACCAUCAGCGCCAUGCGGCAGCUCGGCUGGCUGCAGAUCGAGAUGGUGGAGGUCAACCACCGACGGAUAGAGGUCAAGCGGGAGAAGUACGGGCUGGAGUUUGAGGGCGCGCGCGGGGCGGUGGUGUUUCCGCGGACGGUGGACGAGGCGGUUGAUAAGACGCGGACGAUCGAGGAGCGCACGAGGCGGUUUAGGGAGGUUAUGAAGGAGAGGGAUGCGCGGGGGGAUCAGCUGCCUUUGGGUGGGUUGAUGCGCGAGCGCGAGGGGGAGGAUGCCCUCAAGGGAGAAGCUCAAGGGGAGGAGGGGGAGGAGAAUGUCCCGGGUUAUAAGCAGGGGAGGCUCAUUCAUCGCACUGAGCCUGAUUUGAAGACGCAUACGUCGUGGCUGGUGUUUGCUGUGCUGCCGCGGGAUUGGACGGAGGAGGAUGAGAAGCGGUGUUGCGAGAAGUGGCCUGCUCAGAGGGUGAUCGAGGAGGUGAAGCCUAAGGGGAAGAAGCAGUUGAAGAGGGAGGAGCGGGAGAGGAAGGAAUCGGAGAAGCAGUAGU